AUGGACUUGCUAAAGAGCCGACUAAGCCAGGCAGUGGUUGAUCCCAGGAGUGAUGCUGUUUAUUAUGAGUUUGUAGAAGAAGCAGAGGAAGACAGAAGCGAGUUGAUGACAUGUAUUUCAGGAGAAGAACAAAUACGUGUCGUUCCUGUCAAGACGCUCAUUUGGAAGGUCCAGUUUCAGCAGAAUUCCACCACCACAAGUGCAGGUACCGUGGCAGAUUCUGCUGGUAACGAUUUAGACCAGUCAUUCUUUUUUGCCACGGCACUAAGAUACCGAGAUCGAGUCGAUGAAGAGCUUCUCAAAGAAAGGUUAUUAGAAUGUUCUGUGGAAUCUGCUGCCGCUACUGCUUCAGCAGUGAGUUGCGACGACAAGGAGGCUCAGUCAACAACCUGUAUUGCCACACGGAUCAUCGGUGCAUCGUCGAAGGAUAAGCAUGAGGCAGACACACACCACAAGACUGCGCAGGAAGCCAAUGUCCUUCUUCAAGUCGCCCACUUGGAAUUGGCAGAAACCAGCCAGGCAGAAGCAUUGACAGGAUACAUGUCGGGGACUAUACCCCCUUUGGGACAUACCAGACCCAUGGUAUUGAUCCUGGAUGAAGCGCUCCUGUCAACAACAAAAGGGGGCAGUUUUCUGAGCAUUGGCUCUGGAAGCUUUCGCCAUGCGGUACGGAUCCAAUCAGCAGUGUUGAUACGAUUGGCCAAGGUGCUCAAUGCUGGAGUUUACACUGCAGGAUUUACCACCACAAACGCAAAAGCGGCAACAAUAAGCAACACACUUCCGAUAGGCGGAUCCGAAUCAGCAGUACAAGAUGCUGCUAAUGCUCUCUCCCCAUCAGCAGACUCUGAAUCAGUCGUUGCUGAUGAUGGUGUUCAGUACUUAUCCAAUAGAUUGCGACAUGCAUGUCUUAAAAAGGGAAGUGCUGCCACCAUUCAAGAUGUAAUUGCCAAGGUUGGAGACCGGUUCCCACAACUCUUUGAACCUGGCAGCUACAGUCGCAACCCGAUUCAUUUGGCAGCAUGGAAAGGAGACUUGGAAUCCAUUCGGCUGCUGGUGAAUGCAGGGACGCAGUUUGGACUAGAUCUGGUCAAUUCCAUCAGUACGGGGGAUGGGAACUACGGAAAGACCGCUCUGUUCUACGCGACAAAUCAAGGUCGUGACGACGUUGUGCGAUUCCUCCUCGAUCACGGUGCCAACGUAUUGAUUGUAAACCGCAAUGGCAACACGCCUUGUGGUAUGGCACAGGGGAAACUGUUACCGAGUACUUGUGAGACUCUGCGUCGAAUGGAGAAACGACAAUUGGCAGAUGGCAACGUCUACCAGCAUUACGACUUUGGAGUUGCUGCUGACGCGGAGGAUGCUGGAGCGAUUCCAAUGGCUGCCACUGCUGACCCAGGUACCACACAAGAGCAGCAGCCUCAACAACAAAGCAGUGCUGAGGACACGGAAGUUUGCAUGAAGACGCUGUCCAAGAAGCUCAGAGACUCGGCUGCAAAGAAGGGGAGAGCCGGCAUCGUUAGAGAGAUACUAGAAGUUGCUGGGGAACGGUUUCCACUGUUGGUUAAAUUGGGAACCGAUGGGAACUUUACCAAGAAUGCAUUGCAUUUGGCGGCGUGGAAAGGGGAUCUGGAGUCAAUCGAACUCCUUAUUGACGCUGGAAACAAGCACGGAUUGGACCUUGUCAAUGUAAUCAGCACGGGAGAGGGAAACUUUGGAAAGUCGCCAAUAUUCUACGCGAUCACACAGGAUCGUGACGACGCGGUGAAACUGUUGCUUUCGAGGGGCGCAAACUUGCUGAUUGUCAACAACAAAGGACAGACACCAUGCAGUAUGUCUGUGACACACCUACAACCAGAAACGUGCCUGCUGAUGUUUGAAACUGAACACCAACAAAUACUGGCGGGAGGUGAGUUUCAGAACUAUCGGGUUUCGCGUGGUGAUGGAAAGCAGUAUGGCGAUUUAGACCCACGUUUCGAAAUUGAUGCCGCGAACUACGGUGUGGACAUUGUUGCGGGGCUCGACAACUUUCGAGGAACGUUGACUUCCAUCCUCGAGCAGCCCAUCGACACAAAUCAGCCUGUUUACAAGCUGUUACCAAAAUCCUUUGAGCCCAGGAGUGUAAGGCCGACCACAAAAGAAAUUCGACAAUCACGCGCCGAUAGAUUCCGUGUCAACCAUUCCACCUGCGCCAAGAGACUUCAGGGAUCAAAGCUGCCGCCAGCAAAAGAUUUUCUUUCAAAGUCUGUUGAGGAAAAGAAAGAAAGCGAAAGCGAUAAGUUACAGAACGAAGGCAAGUCCAAAGAUCCCAUGCCCGGUCACGAAGAACACGAUAUGGCCCUUGAGUCUCUCCCUCGUCUGCGCUUGAACGACUUGCCCACGAUCGAUGCUUCAGGGAAAGAGUCCGAUACGCUGGUGGCGACCUUGAUCAACGAGGAGAGUCUUGUCGCUAUACUUUCCAAGGAGGCUUCACUUACUCUAGAGCUGCCGGGCGGCAACGAUUCCCAGGACCGUGACGACCGACUCUUACAACGAUCAUGGGGUUUGGACUGCGAAUGGAAGCCGGCAAGAGACAGGGGACGCGAGAACCCUGUGGCGACACUACAGCUUAGCAGUGUCACAAAAUCUUUUCUCAUCGAUCUACAAGAGCUCUGUCAAGGGGCGGUCAAAGAUCCAGAGACACCGAUGACACAGGUUGAGGCGGUCUUGUGCGAGACCCUGAGUACUCUCUUUAUGAAUCCGAAUAUACUCAUAGUAGGAUUUGGGAUUGGGCAAGACAUAUCGAAACUUGCCGUUUCAUUUCCUCACAUGCCCUGCUUCCGAACCAUGCAAUCCGUGGUGGACAUGGAUACACUAUUCCAUAGCUGUUUUCCAAAGUCGACCCACAAAAGUUUGAAGUCCCUGCAAAAGAGCGCAUGCUAUUUGUUGAAGAAACGACUCGACAAGGCCGAGCAGUGCUCCAACUGGCAGGGGCGACCCUUGACGAACUCGCAGAUUGAAUAUGCCUGUUUGGACGCUGCAGUGUUGCCGCAUCUGUUGCACCAGGCCCUUGCGCGCAGCAAACAAACCAUGCCCGAUGGAUUCUUCGACAACUACGCUCAUCUCAUUGUUUCAUGGCGAAUAUCUUUCCUCGAUGCACAGCAUGUCGCAGCAUCUGUAUCCCCCAAGGCAGCAUAUCACAUUGAUUGUGGAACAACAAAGAAUUUGCUUGGGAUCUGGUAUGCAAACCAGACAUGGAAAACGGGCAAAAGCGAUCCAGCGCCACCCCUGCUCAUCCCUGUCCCCGAUCAACAAGACGCGGAUACGCUGAAGCGGGAAAAAGAAACCAAGAAGCAGGCAGCAAAGCAAAAGGCGAAGGCCGCACAACAGGUUCAGAAAAAGAAGAAGCCACUCAAGCUGUCAUGCAUCUCAACCGUCAAAGGACUUCCGGAGGCUGGACGUUUCCUGGGCUACACCAAGGAGAGUUGUAUUGUGGAACUCUUGGCCCAACCCAUCUUAGAUUCUCUCGUGGAUCAGUACUAUCUUGGCUUCAAUCGUCGUGGCGGCAUCAUACAAUUACAGAAUGCUUGGCUCUUGUUUGUGAACAUUGGAUGCAGCUUGCAGAACCAAAGAUACAAUAACAAGAUUUCAGGGAAUGGGCGCUACAUGACGUUCACAGUGGACCCACGCAAAGACCUCGACGGCCUUUUCUACGAUUAUUUGUCCGUGGGGCCUGAACAAGGUCGCCAAACGACGGACUCCACGCCGAGCAACAGAAUCUUGCUUUUUGCGAGACCCGACGGCAACUCACAAUACCUAUUCUGCGAGACCGAGGCGGUCGAAGAAGGUAGUGUGCGGCCCACAGGUUCAACACUAGAAGCAGUCCUCGAAAGAGGAUUUGUCCGAUGUGGUAUAUCAGGUGAUGUGCAAGGUUUUAGUCAACCCGAUCCGGUGACCGGAGAAAUGGAUGGAAUGAAUGUUGACCAUUGUCGAGCGAUCUCCGUGGCGGUCUUUGGCACAACUACAAAUAUUGAGUUCGUCAACGUUGUGACUAAGGAUCGUUUCAUCAAGCUAGCUAACUGGGAUGUCGAUGUCUUGGCGAUAACAACAACUGUUACCAUGGAACGACAAGUUUUCGAGGCAUCGGCGCAAACUGGGUUUCAAUUCUCUGCGCCCUUUUUCUAUGCGGGCAUGAUGUUCGGUGGUGUACCUUCGUAUGUGGAGUGCGCUGACAACCUUGACAGUAUCUCUGGAGCUUGUCGCUCGUUGAAGGUGUGCGUCAUUACCGGGACGACUCAUGAGCUCCUUCUGCAAGAAUUGUUCCCCGGUGGAUUCGUCAUUCCUUCCGUAUUGGUGGACGAGAUGAUUGACAACUUCAUGUCUGGAGAGUGUCAUGUCAUGGCGUCCGAAGCACCCAACAUCCCAAGCACUCGCAUAUACGACGCAGGCUACGCGGGAGAACUUGGUGUCCAUAUUUUUUACUUCGCAGAAGCACACAAUAUAACUCAAGCAAAUGCUCACGAGAUGGAAUCCAUCUUGGUUCGAGGUGAGGAAAGUGGGAGAACGAUCGAAAUGAUGCAAGCAAUUGUGUCCCAUCUGGGAAACUACGAGGAGCUGUAUCAACGUCAUCUCCAGCAUCUAAUGCCUCGCAAAGGACUGAAUCUUCUUUACGGCAAACACAACAAGGAUCUUCAAGCUUCGAAAGGGCUCUUGUUCUCCUAUCCAUUUGGAUCUGUGGACACUCGGGGAGAGGGGCCCAUCCCGGGCAAAGCUCUUGAUCGGAUUCUGGCGAGAGGCCACUUGAGGUGCGGUAUCCCCGUGCCUGGGAACGCGAAUUCUGGCUUGGAUGCAAUCCUCUGUCAAGCCAUUGCUGCUGCGAUAUUCGCGGGAGACACAGACGCUGUCGAAUUUGUGGAAAUUGAGGACACCGGUGUUUCUCGUCGGAAUGCUCUGGACGAUGGAUUACUGGACAUCGUCGCGGGAGUACGGGUUACCAUGCAAACGGACUAUCUUGGCUACACCUUCUCUCCUCCAUACUAUCACUUUCACUCCAAUGACACGACAGGCCAGGGCCUACAAGCUUUGGGGAUGAUGACAACAGACGACGACAAACAAUUUUCAGACUUUGUUUUCUGGGUUGUAAUGACCAUGAUCUUCGCGGACGAGAAUGCAAUUGGCCCUGCAAAUGUGACGGCAAUCCCAGUGGUCUUGCUAUGGGGAGAGGGGUUAAAGCAAAGCUUGCGCGACUGCGUCUACGCUCUGGGAACUUAUGGCGACGUUUACAAUCGAUCAUUGCAAGAAGCAGCCCCGCGAUCUGGAGCCAACCUGCUGAAUCAAGGGCCCCUGUUUGGUCCGCAGCAGUUCUCUUUUCCAUUUUCAUAG